UUUUCUCUCUUUUUUACUACAGAGAAGGAAAGACAGAAGAAGAGCCGAACACCCCGAAUGAAAGAGUAGCGACUCCAACUGGUUACAGUUUAUUCACUAAGAACACUAGUCAAAGAAACAAGAUUGGCCAUCAACCAUCCUCUAAAUCCCUAGCAGUGAAAACGAAGAUGAAGGUGGUGGCUUUAGUAAGCGGCGGCAAGGAUAGUUGUUAUGCUAUGAUGAAGUGCAUCCAAUAUGGACGUGAGAUUGUUGCAUUGGCAAAUUUGAUGCCUGCUGAUGAUUCAGUUGAUGAGUUAGAUAGCUUCAUGUAUCAAACUGUUGGGCACCAAAUAAUUGUCAGCUAUGCAGAAUGCAUGGGAUUGCCGUUAUUCAGAAGGCGAAUACAAGGAUCCACAAGGCAUCAAUCACUUAACUACAAGACAACCCCAGGUGAUGAAGUGGAAGAUAUGUUCAUGUUACUGAAUGAAGUCAAAAGACAGAUUCCCUCCAUCACAGCUGUAUCUUCCGGCGCUAUUGCAUCUGAUUAUCAGAGGUUACGGGUGGAGAGUGUUUGUUCAAGGUUAGGGCUUGUUUCUCUAGCAUAUUUGUGGAAACAAGAUCAGUCGUUGCUCCUUCAAGAAAUGAUAACAAAUGGGAUUUUGGCUAUCACUGUAAAGGUAGCAGCCAUUGGUUUAGAACCUUCAAAGCACUUGGGCAAAGAAAUAGCAUUCUUGAACACCCAUCUGCAUAAGUUGAAAGAGCUGUAUGGGAUAAAUGUAUGUGGUGAAGGAGGAGAAUAUGAAACACUGACACUUGACUGUCCACUUUUUGUAAAUGCCAGAAUUGUGCUCGAUGAAUUUCAAACUGUACUACACUCUCCAGGCUCCAUAGCUUCAGUUGGGGUCAUUCAUCCUUUGACAUUUCAUUUGGAAAAUAAGGAGACAGCCAUUUCAUUGAGUAAUAAUGAUAAAACCAACUAUUCCUCUCUGGGAAAAAAUGGUUCUGUGUUUGAAGUUCAAGGAGACUGCCCGCAAAGAAGUGAGGCUAGAUGCCAGUCUAAUGCUGAAAGCACUAACUUAGCUGAAGUUAGUGAUGAUAGAAUUUACAUCUCUAGAACGAAGAAGGAUAAUAUAUUUUCCAUUUGUUGCUGGUUGCAAGAUUCGUGCAAAAAUUCAGCAGGUUCACAUGAAGAUCUAGCAAUUGUUCUGAAGCACAUCGAAUCACAGCUUACAGGAUAUGGUUUUGGUUGGGAGCAUGUCCUGUAUAUUCAUCUUUAUAUUGCUGAUAUGAAUGAGUUUGCUACGGUAAAUGAGACAUAUGUGAGAUUCAUUACCCAGGACAAGUGCCCUUUUGGUGUUCCAUCACGCAGUACAAUAGAACUGCCUAUGUUGCAAGCAAGUUUGGGGAGAGCUUAUAUUGAAGUUCUUGUGGCAAAUGAUAACAGCAAAAAUGUGUUGCAUGUGCAAAGUAUUUCCUUAUGGGCACCCAGUUGCAUUGGACCAUAUAGCCAGGCAACUUUGCAUAAGGAGAUACUGCACAUGGCUGGACAGUUGGGGCUUGACCCGGCCACUAUGACUCUAUGCAAUGAAGGCCCCUCUGCUGAGAUGGAACGAGCACUAGAAAAUAGUGAAGCAGUGGCAAAUGUCUUUAACUGCUCAAUAUCUAUCUCUGCUAUUGUUUUCACCAUUUACUGUUCUAGAAAUACUCCACUGCCUGAAAGACUUAAGAUUCAGGAGAAGCAGGACUCUUUUCUAAAGCAAAUGAGACUGCUGCAACUAGAAAAAGGAAGCAAGUGCAAAGUUCUUUAUCCAAUAUUUCUGUAUGUUCUUGUGCCUGAUCUGCCAAAAAGGGCAUUUGUAGAAGUUAAGCCCAUUCUUUUUGUCCCAGAGGACACAGAAACAGCAGUUACAAGUGUUCAAAACCCAACCUCUUUUACAGUGGCUAAUUGUUGGGGAUUUCAGCAUGCACAGUGGCAUGAGUCUUGCAUUCAGAAAUGUGUUGUUAGUGGGAAGAUAUGUGCAGUUAUUUUAUCUAUCACAGAAGAUCAUGUUGCUAAUAUCUGUUCUGAGUCCCUUGGUGUCAAUGCGAAAGAUGUGGAUUAUCAUAAUUCUGUCUCAAAAGGGGAUAUGGAAAGAGUAUCAAGAUUUUGUGUUUAUCUUCUUGAUAAAGGGAUUAUGGAAAAUGGUUUUUCUUGGGAAGACACAAUGAAUUUAAGGAUCAACUUCCCAACAAACAGCGGCAUUCAACUGGAGACAGUGUCACUCUUAUUCAAAAAUGCAAUGAACGAACUUGUUGAGAUUGAUCGGAGGGUUCAAAUUGGGAAAGAACCCAUAUUUAACGUCGUUCCAGUUUUAGGUUCUGGGAGCUCUGCUGCAUCGAUGAAUAAUAUAAUCACAUGUGAGCUAUUUGCUCGGAAAUUUUGAAUUCACCAAUCAUGUGGAUUAUUGACUUCUAUUGAUUAACUGGGAUAUAAUCGCUCAAAGGCCAUAAAAGCUCGUCUGAGUUUUUUGGACCAAGAUGUAAUACAAUCAUUUUAUUUUUUCAAUGCAAUUGAUCUCUAUCUUUUGAUGCA